AUGGCUAGUGCUCAUCCUGAGCAUUGGGGCCCCGAUGGUGGUCACAACCAGGGUGAGAAGGGAAAAGGAAAGGUCGCAGACUUUGUCAAAGGAGUCAGUAAGGGCAAACCGGGGAAGUCCAAGGCCAAAGGUGACUUCGGUAGCAUGACCAAGGGUGACACAAGCUUCGAGAAGGGGAAAUGCGCCAAGGGCGACUUCUACUUGGAGAAAGGGAAAGGCAAGCAGGGCGACAUCGAGAUGGACACAAGCGGCUUCAUCACGGAGAAGGGUAAGGGCAAGAAGGACACCGAGAAGGGCAAGUCCACCAAAGGCGACUUCACCGUGGAGAAGGGCAAGGGCAAGAAGGGCGACGCGGAGAAGGGCAAGUCCACCAAAGGCGACUUCACCGAGGAGAAGGGCAAGGGCAAGAAAGGCUACAUGGAGAAGGGCAAGUCGAACAAAGGCGACAUCAUUGAGGAUCUCGAGAAGGGCAAUGGCGGGGGCGACUUUGACAUGGGCAAGACCGACUUCACCGAGGAGAAGGGCAAGGGCAAGAAGGGCGACUUUGACAUGGGCAAGACCGACUUCACCGUGGAGAAGGGCGACACAGAGAAGGGCAAGUCCACCAAAGGCGACUUCACUGUGGAGAAGGGCAAGGGCAAGAAGGACACCGAGAAGGGCAAGUCCACCAAAGGCGACUUCACCGUGGAGAAGGGCAAGGGCAAGAAAGGCUACAUGGAGAAGGGCAAGUCCACCAAAGGCGACAUCAUUGAGGAGAAGGACAAUGGCGAGGGCGACUUUGACAUGGGCAAGACCGACUUCACUGCGGAGAAGGGCAAGGGCAAGAAGGGCGACUUUGACAUGGGCAAGAUCGACUUCACCGUGGAGAAGGGCAAAGGUAAGAAGGGUUACAUGGAAAAGGGCAAGUCCACCAAAGGUGACAUGGAGAUGUGGAAGGGCAAGAAGGGCGACAUGGGCGACUCCAGCUUGAAGGGCAUCGGCAAGAAAGGCGACAAUAUGGAGAAGGGCAAGUCCACCAAAGACGACAUCACCAUGGAGAAGGGGAAGGGUAAGAAGGGAAAGGUGAACCAGGAGAAGGCCACCGACAAUGAUGACUUCAAGCUGCCACCGACUUUGUCAAGUGGCUAUGGUGUCAUGACUGAAGAUGAUUUCAGCAAAUCAAACUUGCAGAUUCUGAAUGAUUUCGAUUCCACUUUGAAAGCAUGGGUGGAGAAGGCCAAUCCCUACAUGAUGAACGAUGCAAUCAAGAUUGCUUCCAAGCAUGAAUUCUUCCCCAAGUACUUGGCUGACCUUUGGGAUUCUUUGGAGGACCACAAGUUUGGUCAAUUUCCCAAGGAGGAUUUGAUCAAGUUCGAACUCUGGUUGAAAAAGCGUGAGAUUUCAGAGAAGAAGGCGGCAAUUACACCUAGUUCCAAAGAACUGUCGUCCCCUGAAGAACCCAAGACCGAAGCCUACAAGGAAUAUUGGAAAAAAUACGAGCGAAAAAAUGCAGGAUCCAAUCUUUCCAUCCAAGCCAGUUCUACGUCAACGUCACCAGGGGCUUCUAGUGGGUCACCCUCGCCCAGCCCAGCCACUGAAGCCACUUCAGCCCCAGAUUCGGAAACUGGCAUCACGCCGGAAUGCAAGAGGAAGCUGCAGCUUGAAGGCCAGGUCAAGAUGUUGACGGGCGAGGAUGCGGAGCGCAUCAAGGCGAUGACCUGCUUUGAGGAUCUUGCACCCGAGGAGAGGAAAAGGCAGAGAGAGGCUCUGCGCCGCAGACUGGCCCAGCGAGGAUUGCGGCCGGGGCUCAUCCAGAAAUGGCAGUCGUGCCAAACCUCCAAAGCGAAGUUCGAGUUCCUCCGAGCAUUUAUGUUGGACCCCCAGAAUAUGUCUUCAAUCACCAUUGAAGCCGAAUACGUUGAUGCAGCCCAGCAUGAUGAGAAUUCCCAGUGGAAGGAAUUGCCCCUUGUGAAUAUUCGACAAAUGUUUCCUGGUGAAGCUGGGCAACGGUUUAUUCAAAACGAAAUCAUAUCCAAACAGGGUGGGCGACAACACCCUCAGGAUAUUGAUGGUUCCAACCCCGAACUUCGCCUAUAUUGGGUGUUCACAGAGACAUCCGAUGUUACCAGAAGCAGGCAGUCGGUAGCCACCCGUGUCAGUGCGAGAGGUGAGGUACCACAAAACAAAGCGGCAAUGGCCGCGGUUGCUGAUGGGGUGUUGGCUCGUGGAGCCGAUUUUGCUUCGAAGGGUGGGGGAAAAGGUGCUGAAACAACACCUCCCAUAAUGGGCAAGGGCAAGAAGGGAAAAGGCAAUGGAAAAGUUGGUCCUCCCAAAGCCAAGAAGGUGAAGUCGGCUGAGGAAAUCAGGAAGAAGGAUUUCGACGACAAGCUUCAGAAGUUUCUGUCUUAUGGGUUGGUCAUUUCAAUCUUUGUCAUCCACAUCAUAGCACGAUUGUUUGACUUGAACUUUUUUCCACACCCCAUUGCGGCCCUUGCGGUGUUUCUAUGUUUCCGACAAGAAAAGACGGUUUUGCGAUGA